CUCAGAGUAACAGCGGCGUCCCAGGGUCCAGGCAGCCGCUGCUGAGAUCCUCCUCACCGAGUCCGCUUCGCUUGGCGAGCUGGGGGUGUAGGAGUGGACUUGUGUUGAUGAAACUUUACACAUUUGUUUUUAUACGUUUUCAUAAACGCAUUGACGCGUUGGAUUUAUUUUUCCUAUCGAAGCGCUUUCUUAUCAGUCAACUGUUGGCUGCUCGUCUAACCUCUAGAGGAGAAAUAAACUAAAGGRAUAAGCGGUCUUGGAGGAGCAGCUCUUCCCGAAGCUACUCCACUCAGCGGGCUGACCUAUGCUAAGCUAACCCGCUAGCUAGAAGUCUGGAAUGCUGUCGAAAGUCUGGCKUAAAGUCCACAAACGACCGGGCAGGUUUGGCGUUUCGCAAUUCGGGUCCUACAUGCAGUUUUCUGGCGGAUUUGAAAGGGAGAGCAGCCCCACGGAGGCUCUGUGUGUUUACUCGGAGCGGGUCGGGGCAGGUGCACCUCUCGGACACCUGCGGAAACUUUCUAACUUCGCUCCUGCAGUAAAGCGCAAACUCAAACUGGCUUCCCAUAGCUCUUAUGCGGAUGAACUCUUGUAGAAUUUUGUUUUAUAUUAUAUGAAAUAAUUUCACUUGUUGAAUGAUAUGUUCAUAUCACUGUUUAUGCAUCAGGUUGGUGUUUGCUAAGCCGUGUUUUGGCUAGUCUUAGCCUCGCUAGCUGCUCAUUGACCCUCACUUUUACCGGAGUGGCGACGUGGACACACACUCGUAGACACUUUUGUCUCCCCCAGGACUUUGGACACGGUUCAGCUUUAGUUUCCRCAGGGAAUCCCUCUCUUUUUUAGGGGAUCGUGGCUGAAAUGUGACAGURGCAUUAUGAUGAGUUUAGAAAGCUGCGUCGUUGUUUAAAGUUUUUGUUUUUUGUCCUAUAAGCUCUGCACCCUAUGGUGCCGCUACGGCCACCGAGAAAUGGAUGUCUCGCGGGCCGCUUUCCCAAACGGUGAGGGGCGGCCGGGCGGGGGAGAUGCAGGUGGACCUGCCUGGACGGAGAGCCCGACGGUCCGGGGGUGCGCUCACUCGGCCCCGCUGUGCCCGACUCGCUCCCUGUGGACAGCCGCUUAUGACUACGAGGCGAGCGGCGAGGACGAGCUCAGCCUCCGGCGAGGGGACGUGGUAGAGGUCCUGUCCAAGGACGCUGCCAUCUCCGGGGACGAGGGGUGGUGGACGGGCAAACUCAACCACCGGGUCGGGAUCUUCCCCUCUAAUUAUGUCACCUACCAGCCGGCUAUUUACCGCCUCCCGGCCAGCAGCGGCACGGAACCGGAGCAGGUCCCCAACUCGCCCACUCAGAUUCCCUUCGGUGAACUGGUUUUGGAGGAGAUCAUAGGCGUGGGCGGGUUUGGCAAAGUGUACCGGGGGACGUGGAAGGACCAGGAGGUCGCCGUGAAAGCGGCUCGACAGGACCCGGACGAGGACAUAACGGCCACCGCGGCCGGAGUGAAGCAGGAGGCGAAGCUGUUCUCCAUGCUGCAGCACCCCAACAUCAUCAGGCUGGAGGGGGUGUGCCUGGAGGAGCCCAACCUGUGCCUGGUCAUGGAGUAUGCCCGAGGCGGGACGCUCAACCGGGCCCUGACCGGGAGGCGCAUCCCUCCGCACAUCCUGGUCAACUGGGCCGUGCAGAUCGCACGCGGGAUGCACUAUCUGCACGAGGAGGCCGUGGUACCCAUAAUCCACCGAGACCUGAAGUCCAGCAACAUUUUAUUACUUGAAAAAAUAGAGAAUGAUGACAUUGGGAGGAAGACCUUGAAGAUCACAGAUUUUGGCCUGGCCAGGGAAUGGCACAAAACCACAAAAAUGUCUGCUGCAGGCACCUAUUCCUGGAUGGCCCCUGAGGUCAUCAAGUGCUCGCUUUUCUCCAAAGGCAGCGAUGUUUGGAGUUAUGGCGUCCUGCUGUGGGAGUUGUUAACAGGAGAGGUGCCUUAUCGAGGGAUUGAUGGUCUGGCUGUUGCUUAUGGCGUGGCAGUCAAUAAGUUGACUCUGCCGAUCCCCUCAACCUGCCCUGAACCCUUCGCCAAGCUCAUGGAAGAAUGCUGGGACCAGGACCCUCAUGAGCGUCCCUCCUUCUCCUGCAUCCUGGAGCAGCUGUCGGCCAUCGAGGAGGCCGUCAUGGCCACCAUGCCACAGGACUCCUUCCACAGCCUGCAGGACAACUGGCGUGUGGAGAUCCAGGAGAUGUUCGACGAGCUCAGGACCAAAGAGAAGGAGCUGCGUUCCAGAGAAGAGGAGCUGACUCGGGCCGCCCUCCAGCAGAAGUCUCAGGAGGAGCUGCUGAAGCGUCGGGAGCAGCAGCUGGCCGAGCGGGAGAUCAACGUGUUGGAGAGAGAGCUCAACAUCCUCAUUUUCCAGCUCAACAAAGACAAGCCCAACGUGAAGAAGAGGAAAGGCAAAUUCAAACGCUCCCGCCUUAAACUGAAGGAUGGGAACCGCAUCAGCCUGCCCUCAGACUUUCAACACAAGAUCACAGUACAGGCGUCGCCCUCCAUGGACAAGAGGCGUAGCCUUCAUAGCACCAGCUCCUCUCCUCCCAGCAGUCCCACACUCAUCCCCCGGCUGCGAGCCAUUCAGCUAACCCAAGAUGAGAGCAACCGUACGUGGGGCCGCAGCUCCCUCUUCAGGCCGGAGGAGUUUGACGACGUGAAAAAAGGAAUCAAGAAAAAAGGAAGAACGUGGGGCCCCAGUUCAGUGCAGAGCAAAGAAAGACCUGCUGCAGCUGAGAGAGUGCGUCCUCUGUCCGACGGCAGUAACCCCUGGUCCACCAGCCUGCUGAAGUCCCAGAAGUCUGUCCCACUUGCUGCCCUGUUUGUUGAACAAGCAGGUAAAGAAGAGGCGUUCUCGCAGGAAUGUCCCGACAGCAGCUCCAAACCAAAGCAGCUCAAGUUCCCCAACCAGGUGUACAUCGAUCUACCUCUGUGGAGGGACGAGCAGCAGCCCCACAGCUCCAAUGGACCGGGAGAUGCUGGGGUCGGCGCAGGAAGUCCAGGCGGCCCGCCUGAAACUCCAGAUGACCCCUGCACGACCACGUCCACCUCCUCCACCUCGACCACCCCACAGCUAACCCCCACCAACAGCUUGAAAAGAGCCUCAGCUCACCGCAGGACGGACUCGGCACUGUACGGCUGCGGGACGCUGCUGGCCUCCGUUGUGCUCGGGUACGAUAUUAGAGAGGCGAUUAAAACCGCGGCCCCCGGGGAGGAGUCUGAGCCCCCGAAAGAGGAGAAGAAGAGAAAGGAGGGCCUCUUUCAGCGCGCCACUCGAUUCCGCCGCAGCACCUCGCCACCAGGAGGUCGUCCCCGCAAAGAAGAGACGGCGUCAAACCACAGCGCCGCCCAGGCCGUCAAUCUGGUCUCCAUGUCGGCCAUUAUGGAGUGCAACUCCACCAAGUGCCUCCUGCCGCCGGAGGCUGAGGUGUCAGACUCCGGUUCGGCCAAGCCUGAGCGUGUCGUUACUAACCACCACACGGAGCCRUCCCGACCCGGCAGAGCAGCUGUCGCUGACAAGCAGAGGAACAGAACUGCAGCCGACACCCAGAAAGCAGUCCAAACUCAGAGCCAGCUGUCGGAGAAGAACCACAACACAGGAACCCGUCUGCGCAGGAAGAAGUACACCAGCAACCACAGCGCCAACGGCCCACCCCCCGCGCCCCCUCCUGCCGCGCAGAGGAAGCGGGAAAACCAGAAAGACGAAAAGCCGCCGAGCGGAGCGGCGGACCCGCGGCCGCGGCCCGUGUCGUUCCGGGCCAAGCCUCACACCUGGGCCCUGCUGCGGCGCCACAACAAGAGCUGCUCCCUGGGUCACUACUCGGGAGAGAAGGCGGCUCAGAACCUGAGCAUGGCGCUGUCCUCGGAGCGGGGCUGCUCGCUGCUCGACGUGGAUGCAGAGGGACAGAAACGGGACUGCACCGUGCCGCUCUGCCGCAUCCAGAGCUCCCCGGGACGGCCCUCUGUUUUCGAGCUGGAGAAAGGCUUCCUCUCCUAACAGCCAGGAGGRRYGAGCCACUCUGCUUGGAGACRGUCGGGUUUUGUUUCUCUCCCUUUUUAAAACUUUUAUGUAGAAAACUCAACUUUAAGCAUAGUGACAUGGGUCUGUCACAGGAGCUCUUUCWUGUCGUCACGUCUCCAGAACACAAGCGGCUCUGAAACCUGAGCGGGACGUCCCGGAGCCAGAUUAGCAUCUCUCUCUCUGCUACUUCUCUCGUCUCUCCUCGCCUGUGUCAAGCCCCUCCUUUUUCUCAUUCUGUCAGUGCAGCGCAACGUUGACCGCCGCUGCAGCGCUCCCAACACUACACCCUCACCUUUUUUAUUUAUUUUUAUCCGUAAUUUAAUAUGAAGAGACUCGACCUUACCUUUAGCGGCCAGCAGGCCGUACAUUCCAUAUCAGUUUCAGAGCUGUGUGAUCACGCUCUUAGAUAAUUGUUUUGACUUGAGAAUCAUGCAUGCAUUUAUAGUCUUAAUGUAAAAAGAAAAGACGUUGUAAAUAGUACUUUUUACCCACCAUCAGCCUUUGUAUACAUGUUUUGUGAUUGUUCUAAGAGUCAGCGACGCUGCAGUACCGUUUGUGCUCCAGGGACAGGUUACAUAUGAAAUCAUGGAGCAGAUAAGUUUCCAUUCAGAACACCCUGAAAAUGUUAGAAAAGCACUAAAAGUCUUACACAGCAGACGUGGAAUCUCUCACCYCCCCAGUUUACACUGCAUCCGCCCCGCUCCGCAUUAUAAUCAAUGAAAGCAUUUACACUGCAUUUGCACGCGAUCUACCAGAAUUAGAUUCAAUCCUAUUUAAUCUACAGAGAUCACAGCGAACCAGCAGGAAAAGGAACGAGCACAUCUGUAUUUUCAAAAUAAUUUUGUCAAAAUCCUAGCUAUAUUAAUAAAUACUUAGAUAUAUUUAUUUAUGCAUACAUGCUGUCACAAUUUAUCGUUCUGUUAGGGAAGCAGAUAGCAGCACACAAAAUGUGUGGGUUUAAUUUUGAAAUGUGGAUUCCAAAGACAGCUGUUGUUUCCAGUCCGUCUCCCACAGAACGCAUUAAUUAGGUCUGACUUCCACAUUUCUCACUGGAUUUAUCGCACGUUUUCGCAGUGGAAAUCAGGGUGGAAACAAAUGACUACGAGCUGCGCGGCGCAGCAGACUGGAGCGGAGCCGCGUGCAGUGUAAAUCUGGGGUUAAGCUGUAUUUGUGUGUUAUUCCCCAGCAAUGUGGUGGAGCUUUCAAAGCAUGGAUGUUUACAUCAGAAAUAAAAAAAAAACCCACAUUAAAUUAGUAAAUCAAAUACAAAAAACAAUUCCUUAUGAUGACAGCUGGUGGACUGACGUCAAACCAGGUCUAGCUCUGCAAAAGGUCACACAGUAUCUGUUCAGAAAACCYUGUGCCUAUAAUUCCUUUUUUUAAGGUCAGUAAUUCUACACUCCACAUUCAUAUCCUUAUUUUACUUCAGUAUUUCUAAUUGAACUGUUACAUUUAACUGGUUUUAUUGAAUUUGAGUCUUMGUUUUGUUUUCAGUUGAAUAAAUAAACACAUAGCAAUAAGCUAUAAAUAAGCAAUAAACAUAAGCAAUAAACCCAUCAUUUGGCUAAUACUGAUCCAAACAGACUCAAGAAAGUCUGGAGAUAUUUGCAUGAAGAGCGUGAACUCUUAAAUUGUAUUAUUAUUGUUAUUAAACUCUAAACAUUCAGCAAGUUGAAUGUUUUGCUCAGGACUCACAAAGGGCUCGGUGUCUUGGUUUGUUAGGAAGGUUCUCCAGAUUUUUGUGAAUUUGAAAGAAUGUAGGAUUGAAUAUGCAGUAUAUGUUCUGGAUAAAGCUCCAGAGUCGAUCUAAAUGCUGGAGAAAAAAAAAACAUGUUUACUUGUGAUUUUAUGCCCUCGUAUUUUUGUGUUUUUCUUAUCGGUUUACUGAGUUCACCAAGAAUUCAUWUUCAGAAAGUUACGCGUUUAGCAGACGGUGUAAAUAUAUUCCUGUUGCGUACUGCUGAGACAUUUUCUGUAGAGUAUGAAGUGUCCCUUUUUAUGCAUUUUUUAUUACCGUUGACUUUAAAACCAGCUCGAACACUGUCAAAGCCUUACCARCUGUUAAAGGUGCUGUCUGUAGGCCAGUUUCUGUGAGAACUGACACGUUGUAUAAAGAACACGCUGGUCCUGUACAUUUCACUCAACCACACAGAAAACUUAAUAUUAGCUCAAUGAAACCACUGCACUGGAUGAACUGCAGCAAUAAUAUAAACAGUCAGGAUUCUGGCUGUGGGACCAAAUUUCUGAUUCUUUUCUGUAUUCAGAUGCAGAASCACUAAUUAAACCUGCUGCUUUUGUUUAAAACGUUGUAUCUGAAAGACCCGUCACCAAUGACAAAAACCUGCUGUUAAACUUAUUUGUUGUUGAAGUCACUGAACACUUGUGUGACACUGACUGUGUCAGACUUAGCUUCUGUUUCAGUGAGCCGUGUUUGUUAUCCUCACAGUAUUGGUUGUUAUUUCAUGCCUGAUCGAUCAACAGUAUCGUGUUUAUCGAGAUUUUGAAUAAAGUCCGAAUCGAGGCAAUUGUCGCCUGUCUUUUGUUUUGUUAGAAGUAAGCGCCUAAAUGACAACUCGCUGCAGUAAAAUUAUACUUUUAUGUUUUAAAUAUUGAAAGUGUGUAAAGAGAAGAGAAACUUGUUCAAAUAAAAAUGCAUGAAGGUUUA